AUGGCGCCGCAGGCGGGCUUCUCGUUCAACGCGUGGGUGCGAAACGACUCUCCGUCGGUCUCGCCUGGUGGAUCGUGGACGCCCGUCUUGGGACGCCGCCGCAAGAAGGAGCCCUACACUUUCUGUAAGUGCGGUCAUUGGACUUACGAUCGUCUUCUACGCAAGCGUGGCCAUUGUGUUGGCUGCAUGGCCGAGUUGGUGCCAGCCAGUGACUCCGCAAAGACUGGUGAGGCCCACAGUGCGUGGGGGGGAGGCGGCGUGUCCAAGCCCUCUGGGCUUGCCGCGCCCCAGCUCGCCUUCAUGCAGAAGCUUGCCUCCGACCUCCCGCCUGAUAAGGCGGCGGAGGGGAAGCAGCGGGCGACCGCCAACAGGCUCCAGCAGGCACUUCAGAAUCAGGUUCGUAUCCAGAAGAUGCUCGCGGAGGCCGAGCGGAAGGUGGAUGACGCAUUGCUGGAGGACAUCAAGGCCAAGCAGGAGGUUGAAGAAGCUGCGCGCCGGUUGGCGCAGCGUGUCCUUCCCCCUGAGGAGCCUUCGGCGAAGGAGUCGGUUGUCCACAUCGAGGCGCUCCUGACUGACCCUUCGUCGCUGUCCCUUGACCUGGGAGAGGAGCCCGACCUGUCGGGGGAUCUGUACUCUGAUGAGGAGCGCAAGCAGUUGGCUGAAUUCUCCAAGGGGUGUGCUGAACGUGCUCGAGUACUGCUCAGUACCGCCUUCUCCCAGGCUCGGGAUGAGGCUCAGAAGAUCAAGAAGGAGCGGUCGGAGAGGUUCGAGCAGCUCAAGAAGAAGAGGAUUGCGCGGGCCGCGGUGCGGCAGGAGCUCGAGGAGGCCGCCAGAAAGGGCGCUGUGGGGGCCAAGGGCAACGGCAUGCAGGAGUCUUAG